GAGGAAAUAGGUAAAUGGAAGAAAGCAAGCAAUCUAAUGGCGGAGUUGUUUCCUCGGCAGAAGCAGUGUUGCUUGGAGCCCUCGCUCCCGGCGUUAAUGGCGCCACAUGGAAUACGCUGAAGUUUGCCUUUUUGAUGCUGGGUGUCUCUCUUACUGUUAUGCUCAGCCUGGCCUUUUUGUCCAGUGAUUUGGGCUUGAUACUUCAUGUUACAUUUCUUGUUCUUAUAACUGGGACCCUCUUCUUCCUCCUUAGCAGAUUUCUUGCAGAGACAGGUUUUGUUUCAGUUGAGAAUCAGAUGCAAGAAAUUGGUUUAACACAAAGAUCAGAAGAUCAUCACACCAUCAUCAAAACAAAGAACAAUUGAAUUUCAAUACAUUUCUUUGUUGUUAUUGUUGCAUAAACAAGUGAUCAAUGAUACAACCAACCAAUUCACUAUCAGACUGUUAGGAUAUUUGUCUUCCACGAUUGUUUGUUUGAUUAUAUUACAUCAUAUUACAGAUUGUUUGAGUCAACUCUGGUUUUAUUUCUUUGGAUUUUGUCCUUGAUUAU